CCGUCUGCCAAGUUCAAGAAAUGUGAAAAAAAUAAAUUGCGUGUGUUUUGGAUUCCUGCAAUCGGUCAGAUUUCUUCAUUUUUACUUUGACAAAGUGCACAAAAUCCAGUUGAAAACGUGUUAAAACGUUCCCCAGCAACCAUGGAACCCUUUGCAUGCUUUAUGGACGUUGAAAACUCACGGUCCUACAUCGACGAACUGUACUCAGAGGACACAUAUAAAUGUCAGGAAGCGAUCGUUUGUCUGAAGAACGCCGUUAUUGGCUCAAACAAAAAGAAGGGUUCGGUCAUUUCACAGGGAAUUGUACCUCGACUAAUAACAUUGCUGCGGGACGAAGCGAAGGACCCUAACUUGAGGCUAGAUGCGGCAAUCGUUAUCGGGUCACUGGCUAAGGGGACAGAAUCGCAGGUACAUUCGCUGAUUUACUAUGAAACAGUCCAAGUGCUGCUUGCGAUAGUGAUGAAUCAUGCCACUGAACGACGUUUGAUGGAGACCUGUUUGGGAGCACUGAAAAGCAUUCUACAGUAUCCGAUAGCCCCGAUUGAUCUUCUUCAUGCUAAUCUGGGGAAUUUUCAUCGGCUAAUGCAGCUUGCCUCGCCUGACAGUUCAAUCCAGUGCCAGGCGUAUGUGGCUAACAUAUUUGUCCCUCUGUGUCACACAUCCCAGCAACAGAAGAAUCUUUGUCAGGCUAAUGUGAUUCCGUUCAUCACAAGGUUGAUGACCAGCCAGAUUACCGUCCUACAAGUACCUGCCCUGAAGUGUCUCGCUGCGAUGUGUUUCACCAACAAAUACGUUUCAGACGUCGUGUGCAUGGCUUCCUACGAGGAGCGCUUCAUACUGGACAUUUUGACGGCAUUGCUGUCCCGAACGAAUGAUGUUCAAAUACAACUAUCCGCCAGUCGAUGUCUGACCUACCUUCAUCGAUCCGGAUCGAUACGAGCUGACGACUAUAAGAUUGUAUAUAAAACGCUCCCGAGUCUGGCGCGUCUUUGCUCGGAAAACUUCGACGAAGAGACACGCGCAACAGCGGCUGAGACGCUAGCUUAUUUAGCGGAGAUCGAUUCCGAAUUACAACGGCUGGCGGCUAUCAGCAAUCACCUAGUCUGUUCGCUGGCAAGCUUGAUCCGAUGUCAGUCACCACUCUCCCGACAGGGGGCGUUUCGUUGCUUCGCUUCUCUUGCAGCUAACGACGAGGAUAUCCGAAAGCGAAUAAUCGAAAUGGAUGGAUUGAUGGAAGGCGUACUGAAUGGUCUGAAAGAUACGUGUCCUGAGGUUCGUCUUAGUGCGGUUCGAUGUCUCCAUUCGCUGUCCAGGUCAGUGCAACUUCUGCGAACAACUUUUCAGGAUCAUUCUGUGUGGCGUCCAUUGAUGGACCUUCUAGUUGGUGAACCCUCGCUAGAGUUACUAACCGUUGUAACAUCAACAAUUUGCAACCUGCUGCUGGAAUUCUCCCCCGCGAAGGAACCUAUGCUGGAAUCCGGUGCCGUGGAAAUGCUGAGUGAACUAACGAAACACGGCGAUGCCGCACUUCGGUUGAAUGGCAGUUGGGCGUUGAUGAAUAUGGCAUUUCAGGCCGAACAACACGUGAAAUCUAAAAUUAUCAACACGCUUGGCACGGAUCGAAUAUUCCAGCUGCUAGGCGAUUCGGAUGAGCGAGUCAUUAUGAAAACAUUAGGACUAUUGAGAAACCUAUUGAGCAAUACUCUCCACAUCGAGAUCAUCAUGUCGGAACAUUCUUCGGAAGUGCUGAGAGCGGUAAACCUAGUGCUGGAUGGUCCUCAUCCGCCCGAAGUUAAGGAGCAAGCUUUAAUAAUUAUAAGUAACAUUACGGCUGGAGCACGAGACAAGGACUACGUUCUGGAGAACGAAAAUAUCAUAAGGAAAAUAAGAGAAUUUUUGAUCGCGUCCGACCAGAAGCUUCAGAUGGGCGCACUGUUUGUAGUUCGAAACCUAAUGGAAAAAAGUGGACGACAGAAAAUGCUCAGAGAAUCGGGAAUCCUAGCACAUCUAGAACAACUAUUGCACAUGACACCCCGGGAUUCACAGUUUUAUGAAGACAAAUAGAGACAUUGCUCUCCAAUGUGAUAAUCUUGAGAGGAAGAGUCCAAGAGCGUUUGGUGUAAGCGGAUUCCAGCUCUUGAAGACACCUUGCUGAAUCGCAGAAAAUGUUUUGUAGGGUGGGAGAAAGUAAAGAAUGUAAUGAAGGUAAGAAUAUGCAGUCAUUUGUACAUUCGAUGAUAAUUCCGUAGCCUUUUUUUCCUGUUGGGUACAUUUUCCACUACGACCAGUUUUUUGAUCUAUUGUGGCGGUGUAUUGUGUAUCGAUUCCGUAGCCUAUCUGAGCGUAAACAAACGAUUGUGUCACAUUUACCUGAAUGACAGUUACCAGAACGACAACUACCCGAAUGACAUUCACCCGAAUGGAACAUCUACCCGAAUGAACAUUUACCUGAAUGCAGCAUUUGCCCGGAUGCAGCAUUUACACGAAUGCAACAUAUACCCGAAAAUAACAUUUAGCCAAAUGUUCUAUUGACUGCUUUAUUUAAUUAGAAGGUACCGUGAAGCUCCCUUAUACCAGCCAGUGCAUAAUUCCGCUCACUUGACAUGAAAUACUGUAUUUCACAUUAGCUACAUUAUUUCUUCUGAUAAGAUAUUGUUGUAUAUACUUGCAAAACUAUAGCUAUUGGAAAAAUUGGCAACCAAAUAACGGGUGUUCAAUAAAUAAUGAGAAUUUUUUCAGUGAUAUAGUGCAAUUCCAAAUGAACUAAAAAUGCAGAUUUUAAAAACUUGUAUUUUUGAUUCGAAUGAAAGUUUGUAUUCCGUUUGGGUCGGAGGAAAUAUGAGUUUUCCACAGCAUUUGGGAAUUUUUUGACUCCAGUGUAACUUUUGAAAAGGGCGUAUCGAUUUUCGUAAGAGAAAUCUUUGAUAAUUUAUAUCUCAAAAACUAUGAGUCCUACCGAAAUAGUGUCUUAGAAAGAGUUAUAGAGUAUUGAUUUCCAAACGUGAAAAAAUAUACACUGAGAAAAAAUGAGUACUUUUUUAAUUUACAAAUAAAACUUUAAUUUGCAAUAUCUAAAAUACAUUUUUUUUAAUUUUUCACAUAAAAUAGAAGUCAUGCAGAAAAUUUAAAAAAUGGGUACAAGAUGGUAGAACUAUUUUUGACGAACUUUGUGGAACAUCGAAUUUUUAAGAAUUUUCGAAACUUCGAAUUUUUGUAUGUUAACAAUCAUUUCUAGCCACAAAUUAUCCUGAUGUGAUUUAAAAUAAAAAAGCUCUUUAUCCAUCUCCUUCUAAAUGUAGCUAUUCUCGAGAUAUUUGAAAAAACUUUUCUAAUUUAUUGUCUUUUCAAUUUUUUUUUCAAAUUUCUACAUGUAUUUUUCUAGUAUGCUCCUAGUACUUCUACCAAAUCUCGUCAUUAUAAUAUCAGAUUGUUUUCAGACACAACUCUCGUUCAAGAUUUUUCAGCCACUUGCAAAUAACAUGUUUCUCCGUUACAUGGAAUAAAUGUUUGAUACAGAAAAUAGAAUAGAAUAAAGACAACCCUAAAUCGAACAAUUCCUUCCUGGAGUUUUGCUCUUAUCAACACAUUCGGCGAUCCGGUUUUAUUUAAAAAGAUAGAAGAAGAAAUGGGAGUGCGUUUUAUCACAUUAAAAUCCAUUUCCACUUUCGAACAAAGAUCAAUUUCGUUAGCGCAAACAUCAAAUGGACUAACAACGCUUGUCACUAUGUAAUUGUAAAACAUAUGAGAAUUGAAUUUCCCGAAUUUUCCCAUUUUCCUUCAGAGUUUUCUGUAAGUUUUUAGUUGCCUUGUUUGCUUGUAAUAUGUUUGGUUGAAAUAUGUGUAAUAUUUUUAUGGAACCCCGCUCUAUUCCAGAGGAGGGAGGGGUGUCAUACCACCAUAGAAACAUUUCUCGCACCCAGGUAGGUGUAUUGAAAUACCAUAGAAACAUUUAACGCUCCCUAAAACCUCCACAUGUCAAAUUUGGUUUCGUUUGCUCGUGAUGUUUGCGAGAAUCACGAGUAAGGCAGAAAUUUGUGUUUUUAUGAUAGCCAUCCCUCCCUAGAGAGGGGGAGUAGUGUCUAUUCACCAUAGAAACGUUUCUUGCCUGCUAAAACCUUCACAUGCCAAAUUUGGUUCCAUUUGCUUGAUUUGUUUUCGAGUAAUGCAGAUAUUUGUGUUUCAAUUGUUGAAAAUUUAAAAAAAAUAAAUGAAAAAUAUG